GGUUGCGGUUUUUGCGGUGACAGCACAGCUGCACACGCCAUGUUUAGUGGAAACAAAAGGGGCAAGUUUCACUGCUUGGUUGCCGGUUAAAGAAAUGACAUCGCUGGCUAGCUAGCUAAGAUUGAUGAAAAAUAAAAAACGAGUAUGAGAAGGGAAUUUGGGGGGGGGCUGAUUGGAUUUGUUGGAGGUUGUUACAAUGCCCUUUCCGUCUACAAACCAGGUGUUGUUGGGUCGGGAGACACCCAAACACUAUGGGAUCACUUCUCCUAUCAGCCUGGCCCAAGCCAAGGAGGCUGACCUGGUCCUCACACACAGGCUGACUGAGGCCCUGAAACCAUACGGGGUGUUUGAAGAGGAGCUGGAACUACAGCGCAGAAUACAUGUGUUGGGAAAACUGAACACCCUGGUGAAGGAAUGGAUCCGUGACGUCAGUGAGACAAAGAAUCUGCCUGCCUCAGUGAUUGAAACGGUUGGAGGGAAGAUCUUCACAUUUGGGUCCUACAGGUUAGGAGUCCACACUAAAGGUGCUGACAUUGAUGCCCUGUGUGUGGCUCCUCGGCAUGUGGAGAGAACGGACUUCUUCUCCUCGUUCCUGGACAAGCUGAAGGAGCAGGAGGAGGUCAAAGAUUUGAGGGCUGUUGAGGAGGCAUUUGUCCCCGUGAUAAAGCUGUCUUUCGACAGCAUUGAGAUUGAUAUCCUGUUUGCCCGGUUAGCGUUGCAAACCAUCCCAGAGAAUCUGGACCUCCGAGAUGACGGGUUGCUGAAGAACCUUGACAUCCGCUGCAUAAGGAGUCUUAAUGGUUGUAGAGUUACAGAUGAAAUCCUCCAUCUUGUGCCCAACAUUGAGAACUUCAGACUGACACUGAGGACCAUCAAGCUGUGGGCUAAACGUCAUAACAUCUACAGUAACAUCCUGGGCUUCCUGGGUGGUGUAUCCUGGGCCAUGCUGGUAGCCAGGACCUGCCAGCUCUACCCCAACGCUGUGGCCUCCACCCUUGUACACAAGUUCUUCCUCGUCUUCUCCAAAUGGGAAUGGCCCAACCCUGUUCUCCUGAAGCAGCCAGAGGACUGCAACCUGAACCUGCCAGUCUGGGACCCCAGGGUGACCCCCAGUGACCGGUAUCACCUGAUGCCCAUCAUCACACCAGCCUACCCCCAGCAGAACUCCACCUACAACGUCUCUGCCUCUACACGUGCCGUCAUGGUGGACGAGUUCAAACAGGGUCUGUCCAUCACAGAUGAAAUUUUGCAGAGUAAAGCAGAGUGGUCCAAACUAUUUGAAGCACCAAACUUCUUUCAGAAAUACAAGCAUUAUAUUGUGUUGCUAGCGAGCGCCCCCACCGAGAAGCAGCACCUGGAGUGGGUGGGUCUGGUUGAGUCUAAGAUCAGGAUCUUAGUAGGAAACCUGGAGAAGAAUGAGUUCAUAACGCUGGCCCAUGUCAACCCCCAGUCCUUCCCCGGACCCAAGGAAAGCAGGGACAAAGAGGAGGUCAGCACCAUGUGGGUGAUAGGGGUUAUCUUUAAGAAGAUGGAGGCAUCAGAGAACCUCAACGUUGACCUGACCAUUGACAUCCAGUCCUUUACUGACACGGUGUACCGGCAGGCGAUGAACAGCAAGAUGUUUGAGGCGGACAUGAAGAUCCAGGCCAUGCAUGUGAAGAGGAGACAACUUCACCAGCUACUGCCCAGCCUGGUCAUGCCCAAACGCAGGAAGCACUCGACAGAGGGGCUUCGUCAGAUGAAUGACAGUAGUCUGGACCUAUCGUUGGACAGCGACAACAGUAUGUCGGUGCCGUCCCCCACGGCCGUACCAGCCACUGUGCCCACGUCAACCCCAGUGAAGUGUGGCCCACUAGGUCCCCCUCCAAGUCCCAUCGCGGCUGCAGCCAGCCAGCCUGAGGCCCCGGCUGUGAAGAGACCUGGCUCCCCUACGCAGGAAGACAGGAAGAGGUUCAAAUCAGAUGCUGAGGAUUCAGCCAUUGAGAAGAAGCCUUCAGGAGACCCAGUCCCCACAAGCCUGACCCCCUCUACUCCGCCCACCAUGGGCCCCCCAGCGGCCCCCCACAACUCUCGCCAGGAGAUGCUGGAGGAGGAGGACCCCUCCCCAGUACCAGAGACUAGGACAACAGAGGAUGGUGCAGCUGCUGGAGAGGAGUGCACUACUGUGGAGACACAGGUCAAUGAGGACAGGAUGUCUGAGGAGAUGCCUGCUUCUGAAGGGGAAGGCAAGAUGGAGGCAGAUAUUAAGCGAAUGGUCAGUGCGGACCUGUCUGAUGUGCCCCUCCUGCCAGCCAACCCAAUUCCAGUGGUCAAGAACUCUAUAAAGCUUCGCCUCAGCAGGUAGGAGAGAGGACAGACAGAUGCAUCUACUCGCCUCCCCGGCCCCCAUACCCUGAACUCUACUGUGGAUGUCCUAAGGCAUUCUCAGUCCUCUGCGGAAUGCCCACAGUGCUGCAGAUAAAGACAGACAGACAACACAGGCGACUAGACAGACGUCACUCUUUUCAACCAGGGACAUUGUCAGUUGACAUGUAGGACGUAGCUGCCUCCACAAGAGGGCGAUGUUGCUCUUCUGCUGAAUUCUCCUAGGUGGCUUCCAACCUAUACCUUACUGGUUAAAGGGUAGAAGUUGUCCCAUAGACACAGAUCUAGGAUCAGCACACCUUCCCCUGAGUCUUAGUAAAACACAAAACGGACCCUAGAUCACCAUGUCGGCAUCUUCAUCCUCCUCCUUCCAGAGCUGCUGGUUACCAGGAAUAAACAACGUGACAGAGAGGUCAUCUUUCCUGUGCAUGCAGACGUGUGUUCUGUGCGUGUACGUGGAUGCUCAUUGGUUCUCUCUCUUCUUCGCUCCUCUUUGUGUUGUCCAGAGAACAGACGAUGACGGAACAAGUUCUGACUAAUGAUAUUGGGAUUUCUUUGUCCCAGUGGUUUACUGUGUGUGUGUGUGUGAGAGUGAAGCACCUUGGUAUGAUGUCAAAACGUACUUUGAGUAAUAAAGAAGAGCAGAACGGAUAAUGAAGAUUGGGUCAGUGGUGUUAGAUGUCUUCCUGUUACCGUUGUGAUAUAAACUGUAGUGUAUAACAGAUGACAGGUUGCGUCAAAGGUAGUACACUAUAAAGGGAAUAGGGUCCCAUUUGGGAAGCCCAAGCUGAUCACUGUCGGUCAGUCAACUGUUGGGAUGUGAGGUGGCCUUUGGGGUUGUAUGGAGAUGUUUGGAAUGCAUCUAAAAGACAUGGACAGUCAGACACAUGCAGCUAACGCUUGCUAAAGGAACUAGCUCAGGUUUGAGAACAUACACAAUAACUUUGACCAAAAAAAGCUCACCACUUCUGUGGGAACAGAAUAGCUUAGUCUCUUCAGGAUAUUUUCCUGUUUUAUUAGUCGUAUGUACAGGAUACACAUGGAAAACAUCGUCUGACAAAAUGCUAACUGGUUCCUCCUGGACAAUGCAACAACAAUAAUAACUAAUACAAGAUAAGAAUAGGAACAUGAAGUAGAUGGCUCAGUAGAUAGGAACAAUUUUUUUUUUUUUUUUAAAUCAUAAGUAUAAUAACAGGAAGUCACAAUUUAUAGUACAAUAUUUGGACAGGGUAGGAUAGUCAAUAGCGAUACAGGUUAAGAGUUGAGUUCUACAGGAAGGUUCCGAUUAUAUCAGAGGAGUGCUAUGGAUGGCAUAUUGAGUGGAGAAGUGGUCUGGUGUCUGAGUAGACCAUUUAGUUAUAUAUGCAUAGAAUUAGAAUGAAUAGAACGGGCGUACUACCUCUGACCAUUCUAUUCAUUCUGAUUCUAUGUUUACAUGCAUUGUACAGUAACUGUUAGUGUCAUGUACCAAAAACAUUAAAAGUAUGAAAAACAAUGCUUUUUCUUUUGCGUGGCACAUAUAAGACUUGAGCUUUCGCAUUGAUGGAUUAUUUGAAUGUUGCAUAAAGUGGUUGCGAUUUGAAUAGAAAUAUAAUUACUCAACCAUCACACAGAAGGUUAAGAGCACCAAUGUUCUUUGUUGGCUAUUAAUUUCUGAUUUACUAGGUCAUAACGUAAUUGGAAUUUGCAAGAAUAGUCGACGGGUUGAAAAGUUGAUAGUAUUGUUAGAGGACGACGCAACAGUUAUUUUUGAUUCACUGUUUUUUUUUGAAAAGUUUUAAAACAAUGUACGGAAUUUUCACUUUCUCAAUAUUUUGUUGAUGUAUUAACAAAAUGUAGCUUUUGUCUCGAUUUUUUUUGUGCUAAUUGUGUGGGACUCGUAUGUUAGCGAUGAAUCUGAAUUUAGACCACUGUCAACCUAUGGUGCGUUAAUCUACAUGAAAAGAUACUUUUCUUCAAUGACGAAACAUUAUUUCUCGUUCUUACAAAGCUCUUUUUCAGUUCAAAGUUUUUUCUUAGGUGUAUUUGUAAGGAUGAGGUAUUGUACUUUUUUCCCCUCAAAAAUAAAGCUCUACGUUGUUGCAAA